AUGGUGGCCAGCCUAGCAGGUCUACGGUUCCUGUUGAUGGUAGUGUUGUUCUGCGGAAUCAGGUACGGCGCCUGCAGCCAGAAAGCUCCGCAGGUUUUGGGGCUGCGACUGGAAGAACCAGUGGAUCCGCUGUGCAUGAAGGGUCGUAUCAUUUCAGCACCAAAAGGAGCCACGUUUAAGCUCCGUCUCUUCGGGUUUAAUCUGAAUGGAAGCUUGCCGUGGGUCGCGUUCGCAGGGGCAGCUGGCGGGGCGGCUGGGGCUGUCGGUGAUACACCGGACCCUUGCGAGGAGCAGUCCAACCGCCAGGACUCCAAGUUAAAGGUGACCAAUUUAGAACUCGACGAUGCGCACAGCGUGCUUCUAACUGUGGAGGUUAGCACCUCUGUGGGGGAAGCUGGCAACGAGCAGACCUACUACCACCUGUGUGUGCGGAGUGGAGAGACAUGGACAUCUGCGGGCCUGGACAGACUGCGAAUAAACACCGACACGGAUCUGCCUGCAGACUACAUCCCGCCGUGGGGUCUGGCCGUACUGAUAGUGCUUGUGCUUAUGAUCUGCGGAUUGCUGAGGACGGUGAACCUGAGCCUUUUGUGGCUGGACCCAGUCGAGCUUUAUGUCCUACACAGCUGUGGAUCCGAGGAAGAGAAACGAGCCGCCAAACGGCUGGAGCCGAUCAGGAGAAGGGGGAACUUCAUGGCAUGUUCUUUGUUGUUCCUGUGUGCUCUGGGGCACUCUGUCCUCGGUGUGCUCUUGUACCGGGCACUGGGCUCCAUCGUCUCUGCUGUGUUCAACAGCGGCUUCCUUAUCUUCUUCCUAGCUGAGCUGGCUCCUCACAUCUUGUGCUCCGGUUACGGCUUCCAGCUGGCACCUGGUCUGACCUGGCUGGCCCAGGUUUGCAUGGUGCUUACCUGCCCCCUGUCUUGCCCUCUGGGCCUGAUUCUGGAUCUAGGGCUGAGGAGAGACAUCAGUACCUGUGGGAUAAGGGAGAGGGCCAUGGAGAUGGUACGGGCAAACGUGAAUGAUCCUUACAGUGAGUUUGUAAAGGAGGAGUUCAGUCGUGGGACAUUGCGCAUUAAGACCGUGGAGGACAUCUUGACACCUCUGAAAGACUGCUUCAUGCUGCCUAGCUCGGCUGUCCUAGACUUCUCCACUAUGUCUGAGAUCAUGCAGAGUGGUUACACCCGUGUGCCCAUUUAUGAGGAAGAGAGGUCUAACAUUGUGGAAAUCCUUUAUGUGAAAGACUUGGCUCUGGUUGAUCCAGAAGACUGCACCCCAAUGACGACUAUCACCAAGUUCUACAAUCACCCUCUGCACUUUGUGUUCAAUGAUACCAAACUAGAUGCCAUGUUGGAGGAAUUCAAAAAAGGCAACUCUCACAUGGCCAUCGUCCAGAAGGUGAACAAUGAGGGAGAGGGAGAUCCUUUCUAUGAGGUGCUGGGUUUGGUCACUUUAGAGGAUGUCAUAGAGGAGAUCAUCAAGUCGGAGAUCCUGGAUGAAUCUGAUGGCUACUUAGACAGGAAAGUAAAGCGUCCCCUCACUCCACUGGAGAUUCCUCUGGAGCCUCGCAGCACCCAUGAGGAGUUUUCUCUUUUCAAGCCUCCUGAAGGAGAACCCAAGAUCCGCACUUCACCACAACUCCUGCUAGCCACACACCGCUUCCUGUCCAGAGAAGUGGAACACUUCAGCCCAGCACGUGUAUCUGAGAAGGUCCUGUUCCACCUGCUCCGUCACCCCAGUGUCAACCAGGAAGUGCACUUUGACCCUAACAACCGUCUGAGCCCAGCACACUAUCUUUACACCCGCAACCACCCAGUGGACUAUUUCAUCCUUCUGCUGCAGGGCCGUGUAGAAGUGGAGAUUGGCAAAGAGGGGCUGAAAUUUGAAAAUGGAGCAUUUACGUACUAUGGCGUGUCUGCUUUGACGCUGCCAUCUUCAGUGCACCAGUCUCCGGUGUCAACUCAGCGUCACUCUCCCAGGGAUCCUUUUGAGUCAGCAGAAGCCACAAGCCCGUCCAGCUAUUGCCCUGACUACACCGUCCGAGCUCUCACGGACCUCCAGCUCAUACGAGUGACACGUCUACAGUAUCUCAAUGCUCUCAUGGCGUCACGCGCUGGCCAGAGUCCAGAUCCACCUGAGAUCAAGAUUUUGCCGAACAGUCAGACCAAGCUGCUUAAUGACAGAAACACCACGCAAGAGUUCCCUGUAAACUUUUCAUUCUUUGAUACCAUUGAGAACUACUGUUAACACUUUUGUUUUGUUGCAUGAGAUUCCACAGGUGGCACCAGAGCCCAGAAGAGCUCCACAGAAGAUGAGGCUCACGGGUAGUGCAGUUUCUGUCAGCCUGUUGUUUGGGGGUGGGGGGGGAAGCCCUCCUCCGACCAAGUAGAGAUUUUUAUAUUAUUGUUUGUAAUUAUUGAUAAAUCAUCUAUGGCUGGAACCUAGUUAUUGGACAAGACUGGAGUGGAAGUGCUUUUUGUCUUUUAUGUACAUCUACUGUUCACACUGUUCAUUUCCACCCACAUUCCUUUAUGUGCUUACUAUUGGAAUUAUUAUUUUAUGCAAUUUUUAAUAACUUUGGACUAUGUGUGUGCAUGUUUAUGUAUAUACAAAUAAAAAUGUGGUGUAGCAGGAAAAAGUACAUGGAUCCUUUGGAAUGACCUUGUUUCUAUUUGGAUUCAUUAUAAAGUGUCAUCUGAUCAUCUUCUUUGCCGGAAGCGCAAUGUGCUUCAAUCAGCAAUACAAAACUAUAUGUGUCUGAAAGAAGAGCUUCCUGUAGCUGCAGGUCAAACUUGCACUGAAUUAUGGAAAACUCUUUCCCUGCAUUUUUUGGUUGUUGUUGUUGUUGUUGUUGUUAUUUUAAAAACUGGGCUGAUACAAAAUGCAAAUAUCUCCAAAGGGUUCCAUUGCUGUUUCUUGCCACUGAGUAUACAUUUUAAUCUGGUGGUGCCUUACUUCCAGAUUGAGCCUUCUGUACUAAACUUGUUUUGCCAUUCCUUACUUUUGCCUGUCUGAUGCCAAAGGUGUGUGUGUGUGUGUGUGUGUCUGUGUCUGUCUCUUUAUUGAUAUGUCGGUCCCUUUGAGACAUUAAAAACACUCGAUAGUGGGUUCUAAGCAGAUUUGCACCUUACAUUUGUGCACUGUGGAAGAUGUUAAACUAUUUGGCGAGAUGCGAGGUACGUCCGAAUUUUUCAAUUCAUUUAACUCUGUGUGUGUGUUUCAUCUUUGAUCUUUCAGUCGCUGAUGGAUGGUUUUCUAGGGUGUGGUUCUACUACCAUAGACCUUGGAUCUGUAGCAAAGGUUUCUUGAAGCUUGACUGAUUUUUCACAAAUUCGAAUUUGAAUUUGUGAAAAAUCAAAUAAUGUUUUGUCAGGGUAGAAAACAUGGCUAACACAGCACCGGCCUUUUGAAAGAAUUCUAGAAACAUUUUGUUGAGUAUAGAGGUUAACAGUGUAGACCUGUAGAGCUCAGGUGCUGUUGAUUGUUACUAUAUACAUAGAAGUGACUGACCUUUCUGCUAGUUUAUCCUGUUGUUCUCUUUUUACCCCAAACUGGCAAGUCAAAUUGAAACAUGCCUUACUGUGAGACAAAAUACAGUGUGGUUUCUCCAAAACAAAGAAUAUAAGGACAGAACAUUGAACUAUAAUUCAAUAUGAAACUUAGGAUGAAAAGAUGCAAAAGGAUUUCCAAAUUGAUGUCACAAGCUGAUAAACUGAUAUUUGUCAUAUCUUUUAUUACUUCACAUCACACAUUCACCAUAAUCACUCUGACAUGAUGGAAUGGAGAUUUGAUAGUCUAAGAGGGAAUUUUAUUUGGCACUCCACACAAUUAGACAUCUUACAGUGUUACUGUUUAAAGGGACCUUAACACAAGACUAAACACCUGUUAGUAUUAAUAAUGUUUGAGACCUUUAUAGAAAUCAGUGCUCUCUAAUCUUGAUGUCGACAGCCUUUCCGCUGUGAUUGGUUAUUAUGCCUUCAGGCAUGUGUGAUUGAGUAUGUGCAAUAAAUUCAAAGAAAAGGACUAUAGAAAUUCAACCAAUAUAGAGGUCCUUGCAUGACGUCUAGCAAAAGGCCAACAGCACACCUAACAGGUUUGGGGUUUUUUUUGUUUUUUUCCGACAAAUCCUGAUUGGUCGAAGAAUUAGCUUUUACAGAAAGACUGCCACUACAGACUUUACCAUAAAGGGGAGGAAAUCCAGAAAGUAUCAAAGCUCAAAAAAUACUAAUGAGAUGCAUAGACAUUUAUAUUAACAAAUUAUAUAUAUCCAAAUGUAGACAAUUUUGAGGGGUUUUUUAGGUUGUUAUUUUUUCCCACUCAGUCUCCAAACAAAACUCCAGACUCGUGGUUUGUACUUGUACUUUGACUUUUGAUACUUUGUAUUUCUGCUCCAAACUUUAGGUUGCAGCUUUUUAAGUCUCACCUACUUAGCUGCUAAUACCAGGCCAAGGAGGUGAGACUAUGUUGUUAUCUAUUGCAUCUCUGCAGGCUUAAUUCAGAAACAUUGAGUACUGAAAGAGCUAGAGAUUUUUGUUGAAUUCUUUUUAAAGAUUGGUGUAACUUAUGUGACCAUACAAUGCCUUUAGAUAAACAAAAACAUCCAUCAUGUCUGAAAGGACCUAUGGAAACACCAGUUGGAACAAUAGACCGUAUAGAAGAUAUGGAAUUGAGACAGUUCACAUUACUACCUUGUCAAUCACACUAACAUUUUGACUCUAAUGGAGACCGUAAUUUCUUUUUAUAGGACUUGAAACCAUAAAAGGAGACCAUAAAGUCAUCAGGAAAAGCAAGAUUUAAUAUAAAGUUAUGCAAUCAGAUCUGUGACACAGAAAUGGGACAUGUUUCUAUUGUUGCUGUUCCUAGUGUUCCUUAACUAAGUUCUAAUUUACAUGCUGUGAUGCUUCUACGAGUAGGUCUGCUUUUCACAAGUCAUGUAAACAGAGAGCAUACAGUAAGCAGCACAGCACAGAGCACUGUGGUUAAGUAGAGGGUCUGCUCCCUGCACUGUUCCCAGUGUGUCGUCUAAUCCAUGCAACUGGAAAUCAGAUUGGCACUGAAAGGCUGAAUGUGGUGAAAUGUUGUUUCUAAUAUUGUUUAACUGCAGUUGCCCUGUAGUUAAACAAGAUUAGAUUGAACAAAUCCCAAGCAUUUGUUUGUGCUUCAGAAGCACCUUAAAUAACCUUAUUUCCCACCUCUUUGAAUUAUGCUGGCAUUCCUGUGUGUGUGUGUGUGUGUG